AUGCCAGCACAAGAAAAGAAGAAAGUAUCCGUCAUCCAACAAGCACUUACCAGUGAUCGGAAAAUAAAGAUUGAUGAUCAGGUAGGACAAAAAAGAAUGGACAUGUUGAAGCAACAUUUGAAUCCAGUGCUAACAACACCAACUCCACAACAGAAAAAAGAAGCAAAAGAUACCAAACCACCAACUGUUGCUCCAACAAAAUCUUCUGAAAAAGUUGCUGUCAAACCAUCCGAAACAUUUCCUUUCAAUGAAUUUUCAAAAUUUAUUUCACCAUUCACCCCAAAGGAGGAAAAAUCAUACUUAAGAGUGAUUCAAGCAAUGAAAGACAGACCCGACCUCUUUGCUGCACCUGAUUUGGACAUGCCAAGAAUUGAACAAAUGGAUUAUAAUUAUGAGAGAUUGAAAUAUCUAGUAUUGGAAAAGAGAUGUUUUUCAAUUGAGACAUUGGAACACGAUACUGCAUCAUUUUUUGCUGGAGUCUUUGCUGCUGCAUAUUUUGAUCAAGCCUUAUCAACCAAAAUUAUGCUCCAGUUUAGUUUUUGGGGAGGUACUUUAUUAAGUCUUGGUACUCAAAGACAUAGAAAAUAUUUGGAAAAAAUUGACAACUUAGAAUUGAUGGGAAGUUAUGCUAUUACUGAGCUUGCACACGGAUCUAAUGUUAAAGGAAUUCAAACAACAGCUACUUAUUGUAAAGAAACUGAUACAUUUGAAAUUAACACUCCAAAUAGAGAAUCAUGCAAAUUUUGGAUUGGAAACUCUAGACAUUGUCAUAUGUGUUUAGUAUUUGCUCAACUUUAUGUUGGUAAUGAAAAUCAUGGUGUUCAUUGCCUUGUAGUUCCUGUUAGAAAUCCAAGCACUAAUGAAAUUUAUGAUGGUGUAACCAUUGGUGAUUGUACUGUUAAGGAGGGUUUGAAUAAUCUCGAUAACGGAUUCCUUAUGUUUAACAAAGUUCAUGUCCCAAGAGAAAACUUGUUAAACAAGUAUGGUGAUGUUACACCAGAAGGUUUAUAUGUUAGUGAAAUCAAGUCAGCCAACCAAAGAUUUGGAUCAAUGAUGUCAACUUUAACAAUGGGAAGAACAACCAUUUGCGUCAACUCUGCCCAAGUCCUUUCCAAAGUUUUAUUUUUAACUUUAGGAUUUUCAUUUGAAAGAAGACAAUUCGGUAUCCCUAAUCAAUCAGAAUAUCCAGUAAUUAAUUUUCAAUCACAAAAAACUGUAUUAUAUCCAAUGUUGGCCAAAUUCUUUGCAUUUAGAUUUGCCUCCAAUCAAGUAUUCCACUUGUACGUGAAUCGUACUCCUGAAACAACUCAAAAGCUUCACAUAAUGAGCGCUGGUUAUAAGGCAUAUCUGACUGAUUCCACUCAAACAUGUAUUGUCAAGUUGAGAGAAAAGUGUGGUGGCUUGGGCUAUUCAAAUCUUAAUAGAAUUGGACAAGCUAUUUGUAAUCACGAUAUUUACAAGACUUUUGAAGGUGAUAAUACUGUUCUAUUGCAAGAAGUAUCCAAAUAUCUCCUUGGUAAUUAUAACAAGGUAAUGGGCGAGAAAUACUCAAGCGUUUUCUCCUCAGUUGGUUAUUACUUAUUAGACUCCUUGAAUGAUAAUGUAAAAUCAAGACAAUUGAAAAACUCAACCAAUUUGCUUGAUCCAAACUUUUACUUGUCAUUAUUCGACGUCAAACUUGAAAAGCAAGUUCAAUCUGCUGCUCUCAGAUUUAGAAAUAUUCUAAAUGAACUCAAUCUUUCCACUAAAGAUAAUAUUCCAAAGGAGCAAAAGAAGGCACUCAAUCAUUUCAAUGCCUGGAAUAUGGUACAAAAUCAAUUGUUGGAUGCAGCAACAGCCUACAUUGAAAAUGAACUUUUAGCAUUAUUCCACAGCAAAGUUGAGGAAUGCAAGAAUCCAACAAUCAAGAAGGUUUUAACCAAACAACUCAAUUUAUUCGUUGUUGAUUUAUUGGAAAAGAAUAUGACAUACUUUUUAACUCAUCAAUUAAUUACACCAGAAGUUGGAAAACAAUUGGUCAAGGAGAAAUCCAAGCUUAUUGACUCAAUUGAUUAUGUUGAACUUUUGAAUAUUGUUAAGGCAGUUAUCGAUCAAGACUCAAUCCCUGUCCCAAUUUGUAAUAAUGAAGGAUUAGUCAGUGGUAAAGUAUCAUCUGAUCCAUCUCCAAUCUACUCUUCCAUGCUCAAGGCUGCUCUCUCCAAUAAGCAAUUAUUUGGUAAUGCUUCUGCUGAAAAACUUGGUCUUUAAAGAAUUUUCCCAAAGCAAAUAGAUUUUACAAACAUUAACUCGAAAAUAUUUAUUAAUAUAAAAACUCAUAAGAAAGAUAAAGCUUUCCUUUAACUUUUUC